AUGCGCACCACACCCGUGUCCGCUUUGACAGCGGACACAGACAUCACUUGUGCCACCGGCAAUGGUGGCGCGAGUGAGUCGGCGGCUGGCGGGGACGCGUCCUACACAGCCAAGGCACAACACGCCCUCUCCCUCUUCGCGAACCUGCAGGCAAACAUGCGCACCUCGACUUUGCCACAGUCGUCCGAGUCGGUAGCGCACGCAACCUCGGAAACCCGAGCAUUGCCGGCGACGCUGCAUCGCACCACCGCUCCGUCCAGCCACAAACAUGCGCUAGACACCCAUGGCCGUCUGACCUCGUCUACGCCUGCGGCAGCUCCCAAUGCUGAUGCGGCGCGCUUCAGCAGCCUGCACAGCCUCCAACGCGUUGGCAGCAGCGGUAGAGCCGACGACGGUGCCGGGCUGCAGACGUACACGGAUGCCGAGCUCGAGUCUCUCUCGCCACUUCAGCUGCGUCAACAACUGCGCGUCGCUGCAGCGGUGACCCAGCGUCUUCACCAACGAUCGCGACGACUGGAGAACGAAGUGGACGCAUGGACGCACAAGUACGCGGAGCUCGAGGCCAAGGCGGCGGGAGUACGAGAUACUGGGGAGAAAGAGGGGAGCGCCAAAGAGCGCGAGGCGCCCUCGGCCUCACGACUAAACGGUGCCCAUUCCUGUCAGCCCACAGUGUUCCCAUCGACUUCGAAGGCUGCGGCACCUGCGACUGCCUCGGCUGAGGUCGCUGCGGCUCAAUCGCGUCAGUUAGAGACCGAGGUGAGGCGACUGGAGGCGCACAAGGAGGAACUGACAAGGAGACUGUACGCGGCCGAGAAAACCGUUCGGGAACUGCGGGAGGAGCUCCGCGUUGCGGGGGCUGCUUCUCCUGUGACUCCCAGCCCAGCCUCGUCGCCGCUCGGUGCGGUCAACGCCACCAACUGCGAAGGCGCCCCUGACAAAUCCCGGUCCGAGGCAUGGAAGAGCGGGGCAACGGCGGCACCACCGGCCCAGGUGCCACCGAGCCAGAGGGAUGCCGAAACGAAGAGCGAGAGGGUAGACCGCUGCAGCGACGGUACCGCUGAUGGGGAUGCGGCUGGUGACAAGUCGGUCACUCAUUUGCGCGACACCGUGCGCCAGCUGCAGCGCCGUCUUGAUCUGUCGGAGGCGCGCGCCAGGGAGGCGAUGCAGAUCCAGCUGGAUGCGGUGUUGCUCCACCGUGAGUCGACUCCGUCCGCGGUGGCCCUUGUGAACGUAGAAGUGCAGAAGCUCUUCCAGCUGAUGCAGCAGCAGCUCUUGUCGAACGCGGUGCAGCAUCAGGCGGAACGAGCCCGCAUGAACGAGCUGCUGUACCGGUUGCAAUGCCAGCAGCGUGCACCGUAG